UGACAGAGCAGCAGAUACGAAAACCAGCCUCAUCUUUUCUUGUUCUGCCUGUGCUCUCUUCAUUCACACUAGUAUUAGUAUACUUAAAUUCACUCUCUUUUCAACCAUCCAAAAUUUAGUAGACAAACAUCACACACAGAGCCAAGCAAAAAAGGAAAAUUAAUUAAAAGGAUAAAAAGCAAAACGAUAAUUCAUUGGUCGUGUUUGUACGUGAAGGAAACAAAAAAAGAAAAAAAAAAGGAAUCAAAUGCCGUUUUACUCCAAAAUCAUGGACGAAGGAGCAGCUGCUUCAGCAUUAGCAUCAUCAGCAAAGGCCAAAACCAGAAAACCCAAACCCACUCUCAUCUCUCGAAUCCACGCGUUCUUCCACGCCAUGAACCGAAAACCACUCCUCAAACAAACCCUAAUUACAUUCUCUCUCUUCUGCGUCCUCUACGCGCUCUUCAACGCCUUCUUCAACCCUUCCCUCGACGCCGACACCACCGCCGCUACAACCACCGUGCGCUCCGCCAUACUCGCCGCCGCCGGAGGUGGCGGCCGUGGUGGCUCCCCUCCCGUUAAAGUCUAUUUGUACGAUCUCCCACACAGGUUCACCUACGGCGUCAUACAGCAACACUCGCUGGCGCGUGGUGCACGUGCUCCGCACACCGUCUCGUCGCUCAAGUACCCUGGCCACCAGCACAUGGCGGAAUGGUAUCUAUUCUCGGAUCUUACCCGACCCGACUCGGAACGAUCCGGAUCGCCAGUUGUUCGCGUCGUGGACCCCGAGGAGGCGGACCUGUUCUUCGUUCCGUUUUUCUCUUCGUUGAGCUUGAUUGUCAAUCCUAUUCGGCCCGCGGGCUCGGGCCCGGGCCCGGAGAAACCUGCGUACAGCGACGAGGAGAAUCAGGAGGCGCUGGUGGAGUGGCUGGAGGCGCAGGAGUAUUGGAAGAGGAGCAACGGAAGGGAUCACGUGAUCGUUGCUUCGGAUCCGAACGCGAUGUAUCGGGUUUUGGAUCGGGUCAGGAAUUGCGUUCUGCUGGUUGCAGAUUUCGGGAGGUUGAGGCCUGACCAGGGGUCGCUGGUGAAGGACGUGGUGGUUCCUUACUCACACCGGAUACGGAGCUACGACGGUGACGUCAGCGUAGAGAAUCGCAAGACGUUGCUGUUCUUCAUGGGCAAUCGGUAUCGCAAAGAGGGAGGGAAAAUUCGUGAUAUACUCUUUCAAGUUCUUGAAAAGGAAGAGGAUGUCAUAAUAAAACAUGGAGCACAAUCCAGAGAGAGUAGACGGGCGGCUUCACAAGGCAUGCACACAUCGAAGUUCUGUUUACAUCCUGCUGGAGAUACUCCAUCAGCCUGUCGACUCUUUGAUGCUAUAGUUAGCUUAUGCAUUCCAGUGAUUGUCAGUGAUAAUAUCGAGUUGCCUUUUGAAGAUACUAUAGACUAUAAGAAGAUUGCUUUAUUUGUGGACACUGAUUCUUCUAUAAAGCCAGGAUAUUUGGUAUCAAAGUUGAGAGCAGUGACCCCUAAGAGGAUCCUUAAAUAUCAGAAAGAAUUGAAAGAGGUGAAGCGAUACUUUGAAUAUGAAGAACCAGAUGGGACUGUUAAUGAAAUUUGGCGCCAAGUUUCCAAAAAGCUUCCCUUGAUUAAACUGAUGAUUAACCGCGAGAAAAGGUUGUUAAAAAGGGAAGCUGACUGUUCUUGCAUAUGUACAAACCAGACCGCCUUUAGAACCUUAUAGAACCUAUUCUCACACAAAUUGGGUUUAGCAUUCUACGACUCAGUUCUGCAAGCUUAUUUUGAGGUGAUUAAGAACAUUAAUUAAGUGAACUGAUCGAUGUGCAUGCAUGUUUUCUCACAGAAGCCUCGCAUAAAAGGAGUAUCUUUUUUCUUAAGUUACUACUACUUUAUACGUGUCACCAAAAUCUCAGCUACUCUUACUUAUUGUGUGAGGCAUUUGUGAGAAUAACUUUUAUGCACCCGUCAUUGUUCUUUAAUUAAUUCUUACCUGCUAGUGGGGCCUAACCGAGUGAUAUAUAAGAAGGCUUGGUAAAGUUUGUUGGAGUGUAUGAUAUAUGGAAGUGUUGGUAAAGUUUGUUGUCACGUACCAUGCUACUAAAUCGUUGUGUUGUAGAUUCCGUAAGGUUUAUAUUAGCAUACGCAUAGAGAUGAGCCUGAGAAGGAAAGAUUAAAUUGUAUCUUUAUUGAAUUGUACAGGAUAUAGA